AUGUUCCCCAAACAGUCACUACUUUUAGUAUUCACGACUUUUGUGUUGUGUGAAGCUGGAUUUUUGGAAACUUUACCAAAAUGUAAGAUAAACGACAACGAAUGUAAGAAAGGUCUUAUUCAAUCGGUGAUAAAGAAUCUCGCCAAAACGGGACUUCCUGAAAAGGGAAUUCCUAAAAUUGAUCCUUUGUCUAUUAACAAUGUCUCUAUGUCAAUCGCCGAUGUCAUUGACCUUACUUUAAUCGAUGGAAUUGCCAAGGGCAUUAAGGAUUGCACGGUCAAUAAGUUUACCGCCAGCAUUGAAGAUGAGUGCAGUACUAUUGAGAUGACAUGUGACGUCACAAUCAAAGGACGUUAUAAAGUAUAUUCAGCCAGUCCUUUCAUCAAGGCCUUCUCUGGUGGUGAAACUGUUGAAGGCGAAGGCAAUGGAAAAGUCAAAAUUGAAAAAUUAUUCUUGAGGUUUGACUUCGAUCACUUCUUCCAAAAACGAGGUGGUAAGGUAUACCUCAAAUUCAAGAGUAAUAAAUUGAAGUACCAGUAUGACAUCAAAGGAAAAAUGAUGUUCUUUGCUGACAGUUUGUACAUAGGAGGCAAAGAGUGCAGCAAGUCUGUGAUGGACGUGAUGAAUCAAAAUUGGAAGUUCCUGAUGACUUCAUUCGGAAAACCAUUCAUGGAUAAGUCUAUGGAUUUUGUCACAAAUUUCCUAGAAAAAUAUUUCGGUGCGGUGUCAGCAGACUACAUGUUUGACGAAGAUUUAACUCAAUAUGCGAGGAGCGAGUAA